AUGGAGAGUAGAAAACUGAUUUCUGCUACAGACAUUCAAUACUCUGGCAGUCUGCUGAACUCCUUGAAUGAGCAACGUGGCCAUGGACUCUUCUGUGAUGUUACUGUUAUUGUGGAAGACCGAAAAUUCCGAGCCCAUAGGAACAUUCUUUCAGCUUCAAGUACUUACUUCCAUCAACUCUUCUCAGUUGCUGGGCAAGUUGUUGAACUGAGCUUUAUAAGAGCAGAGAUCUUUGCAGAAAUUCUCAAUUAUAUCUAUAGUUCUAAAAUUGUUCGUGUUAGAUCAGAUUUACUUGAUGAGUUAAUUAAAUCAGGGCAGUUAUUAGGAGUUAAGUUUAUAGCAGAGCUUGGUGUCCCGUUGUCACAGGUUAAAAGCAUCUCAGGUACAGCUCAGGAUGGUAAUGCAGAAAACGCACCUCCUGAAAUACAAAAAUCAAAAGAUGAAUCCCAAGAAAAUGGGGCCACUAUAAUGCCAAUUAUAACAGAAUCUUUUUCCUUGUCUGCUGAAGAUUAUGAGACAAAAAAGAUCAUUGUUACUGAUUCAGAUGAUGACGACGAUGAUGUCAUUUUCUGCUCUGAGAUUCUGCCUGCAAAGGAGACUUUGCCGAGUACCAACACAGUGGCAGAGGUCCAGCCUAAUCCAGGCUCUGUUGCUAUUUCAGAUGAUGCACCUUGUGUGAGCAAUAGCUCUCCCCCUUUAACAAACAUCACACCUACUCAGAAACUUCCUACUUCUGUGAAUCAGGCAACUCUGAGCCAGACACAAGGAAGUGAAAAAUUGUUGGUGUCUUCGGCCCCAACACAUCUGACUCCAAACAUCAUUUUGUUAAAUCAGACACCACUUACUACACCACCAAAUGUCAGUUCUUCACUUCCAAAUCAUAUGUCUCCUUCAAUCAAUUUACUUGUACAGAAUCAACAGCCACCAAACAGUGCUGUUUUACCAGGAAACAAGGCCAAUGAAGAGGAGGAGGAGGAAAUUAUAGAUGAUGAUGAUGACACUAUUAGCUCCAGUCCAGAUUCCGCUGUCAGUAAUACGUCUUUGGUCCCACAGGCUGAGAUCCCCCCAAAUACCACUUUUGAUGGAUCAUUGAUACAGAAGAUGCAGAUUCCUACUCUUCUGCAAGAGCCAGUUUCCAAUUCUUUAAAAAUUUCAGAUAUAAUUACAAGAAACACUAAUGAUCCAGGUUUAGGAUCCAAACAUCUAAUGGAGGGUCAGAAGAUUAUUACUUUAGAUACAGCUACUGAAAUUGAAGGCUUGUCAACGGGUUGCAAGGUUUAUGCAAAUAUUGGUGAAGAUACUUAUGAUAUAGUUAUCCCUGUCAAAGAUGACCCUGACGAAGGGGAGGCCAGACUUGGGAACGAGAUACCAAAAACACCUAGCAGUGAGACAGCAAAUAAACGUAUGAAAGUUAAACAUGAUGAUCACUAUGAGUUAAUAGUAGAUGGAAGGGUCUAUUAUAUCUGUAUUGUAUGCAAAAGGUCAUAUGUCUGCCUGACAAGCUUGCGGAGACAUUUUAACAUUCAUUCUUGGGAGAAGAAGUAUCCUUGCCGUUACUGUGAGAAGGUCUUUCCUCUUGCAGAAUAUCGCACAAAGCAUGAAAUUCAUCACACAGGAGAGCGAAGAUACCAGUGUUUGGCCUGUGGCAAGUCAUUCAUCAACUAUCAGUUUAUGUCUUCACACAUAAAGUCUGUUCAUAGUCAAGAUCCUUCUGGAGACUCGAAGCUUUAUCGUUUACAUCCAUGCAGGUCUUUACAGAUCAGACAAUAUGCAUACCUCUCUGAUAGGUCAGGCACUAUGCCUGUAAUGAAGGAUGACGGUAUUGGAUAUAAGGUUGAUGCUGGGAAAGAACCUCCAGUAGGGACCACAUCUGCUCCUCAGAACAAGCCCAUGACCUGGGAAGAUAUUUUUAUUCAGCAGGAAAAUGAUUCCAUUUUUAAACAGAAUGUAACAGAUGGCAGUACUGAGUUUGAAUUUAUAAUACCAGAAUCUUAUUGA